AUGCAUAGGGCAAGUUCUGCAGAUUCGCCUCAAGGAUUCUGCCGGCAAUUUUCACUAGCUGAGAUACAAGCAGCAACCAACAACUUCGACGAUACUUUGCUCAUUGGAAAAGGUGGAUUUGGCAAGGUCUAUAAAGGAUUCAUUGAUGGUGGCGCUACAAUUGUUGCCAUAAAGCGUUUGAACGCAGAGUCCAAGCAAGGAGCUCAGGAGUUUUGGACUGAGGUCAAGGCGCUUUCCAAACUCCGACACCCCAAUCUUGUCUCCCUUGUGGGCUAUGCGGAUGAGUUCCAAGAGAUGAUACUUGUUUACGACUACCUUGCAAAUGGCAAUCUCGCAGAUCAUCUCUACAAGUUUAGUAGAAAAGGAAUUGAAGCCGAUAAUCUCACGUUAUUUGGGGAAAUUGCAAGCAAAUGCAUACAUAGUCAUCCUAGAGGAAGGCCUACUAUGGCUAAAGUGAUGGGAAGCCUUGAGCUCGUCUUGGCUAGAGAGCAAAACUCACCUCAGUGUGAGGGAAUGAUAACCAAGCUACUUCCAAAAAUCCGAGCAAUAACUAACAAUUUUCACAAGCAGCGAAUGUUGUACCACAAUUCUUUUUGUGACCUGUACAAAGGCUUCAUAAAUGGGGAAAAUCUUGAAGUAGCGAUUAAAAGGUGGAGAGGGGAAGCAAGCAAUAGAAAAUUGGAGUUGUUGAAGGAGCAAGUCCAACUGCAAGCCCAUCUCUGUCACUUACACCUCCAUUCUUUGAUUGGAUAUUGCUGCAACAAGGAUAAGCAGAUCCUAGUGUACGAGCUCAUGCAUCGCGGCUCCCUCUACCAAUGUCUCUACACAAGGAAAAAUGAUUCUCUUCCAUGGAAAAAGCGUCUUGAGAUUGGCAUAGGCAUCGCACGGGGAUUGCAUUACCUUCACUCUGGUACAAAGCAAACCAUCAUCCACCAAAACCUCAAUGCUAGUACCAUUCUAUUAGACAAGAAUUGGGUCGCAAAAGUUGCAGGUCUUGAGUUUUCUACAAUAUACCCUGCCAAUAUCUCCAGUACAAGCCCCAACGAUAUUGUCCCAAGCAAGGUGGAAUAUUUGGAUCCAAAAUGUCUUAAAAGUGAGAUGUUAACUGUAAAAUCAAACGUAUACUCAUUUGGGGUCAUCUUGUUGGAAUUAUUAUGCGGUAGAAAGCUAAUGAUUAUGUCUCAAAAUGAGGAUAAGGUGAAUUUAGUUUGUUUGUUCAAGACUAAUUUAGAAAUGGGUACGAUAGAUGAGAUCCUCGAUCCAUGCCUUGCCAACAAAAUAGCGCCAGAAUGUUUGAGGGAAUACAUGAAGAUUGCAGCAAAUUGUGUGAAGGAUAAGGGGAUCGAACGGCCUACUAUUGAGGAUGUUUUAGGAAGACUCAUGGGAGCCUUGCAGCUGCAACAAAAUUGGGAAUAUUCUAAAAAAUUGCAUGAUGAAAUUGAUAAAAACAGGGAAGAUGUUGGAGGAAUGAGUGUUGUGAACUUAGAUGAUUCCGAUUAUUUCUUUUCUAAUCUUGUUCGUUAG